UAAGCACGUCAAAUAAAGAUGUCAAUCACAAUCGCAUUGUUUCCUUUGGAGUCAUCCGGGUAGUCACCCGGAGGCAACAUACCCCGGCAUCCCCCACAUCUACAUUGGUGACCCCGACUACACAAGCAACCUCGACGGCACAAGAAACCCAGACUUCGAAAUUCAGACGAUAGGAUGGCAUUGCCACAAUCGCACGCGACGGCUACGCAAGAAAUCGCAGCGGUGACGUCAGUCACCUCCCGGAUUCCUGAUUUCUGGACAGAUCAGCCCCGUGUAUGGUUUGUCAGGGCGGAAUCCGUGCUGUUACCACAAAAGAUGGGAGAUGAUACUAAAUUCAACAUCGUGGUGUCGAAAUUGGGAAAGGAUGUGAUACAACAAAUCACAGACAUCCUUUUCUCACCUCCCGAACAAGACAAAUAUGGAGCUCUUAAGAAGAAGCUGCUGGACAUUUUUGAGGAAUCAGAAACGAGGCAGCUGCAGAAGCUCAUCAGCGAGAUGGACUUGGGAGAACAGAAACCGUCUCAGUUGUUACGCAGGAUGAAGGACCUGGCUCGGGAGAAGCUUCCGGACGAUACUCUCCGUAUUUUGUGGCAGACGCAUUUACCGCAAGCAGUCCGUGCAGUUCUGGCAGUCACGGAAACCAAGAACCUGGAUCAACUGGCCAACGUCGCAGAUAAAGUAGCAGAAUCCAUCCAGCCACCUCAAUUGGCGGAGGUCAAGACAAGUGGCGGUCUUCGGCAAGACCAGGACAACGACGUGCAUGCGGCCAUCGCGGAGCUGAGCCACAAGUUCGACCAGUUACUGAAGAGCCGUACAUCAUCUCGCCCGCCCUAUAGAGGUAACAGCCGUGGGCAGCGACGGCGUUCGCAGUCCCGUGCGCCGAGUGAUUGGGUAUGUUUUUACCAUUACCGUUUCAAAGACCGUGCUACCAAAUGUAUGCCCCCUUGCGCUUUUAAGAAGGGAAACCCCUAGAGGUGCAGGUCACGGAGGCGGAUGCCUGCACCAUCGCCCCAGCACAACGCCUAUGCAUCUUGGACAGUAAUAGUGGAUAUAAUUUUUUAAUAGAUACCGGCGCAAACGUAUCCGUCAUUCCAGUA